UGUAGCUCGAGCAGCUGAUAACAUCUGAUCUAAAAAUAGUGCAGGGCCUAACAAAUAGGCUGCAAACUAUUCUGAGUAGGCUACUUGCUCUGUCAGUCAACCACAAAAUAACUAUAAAUGUCCAAGAGCGUAUUAUCUCCCUAGAAUCAACAAAGAACCAACAGAUGGCUAUGUUACCGAAAAACCUUCCCAGGCCAGAGGACUGUCAAGGAGCACAGGCUCUAUGGUAUGACCGGAAAAAAUAUGUCAUCAUUAAUUUCAUGGUGCAAAACCAGGAUGUUGAGGUUGAUAUUCAGGAUACCUUUAUAGUUUUAAGUUGUAAAGAUGUUGAUGACAACAGCAUCUACAAUCACAUUUGUUUCUAUGACAGAGUCAUCAAAUUUGACUCCCAAGUGAAAGUCUAUGACCGCAGUAUCCACACCUUGAUUAGGAAGGCUAAAGAAAAUGUCGCAUGGCCUCGUCUUCAGAAAGAUGCCGAUCUCAAGCCACAUUGGAUGGCUGUAGACUUUGAUAACUGGAAAGACUGGGAGAAUGAAGAGGACGAGGGAAUGGCGGAGUACGAGCAAUACUUUGACAUGAUUCAGGAUAUGGGGAACAAGAAAGGAGGGCCACCUGCGAUGGAUGAUCUUGAUGAUCUGAGUGAUUGAAUASUUUUCUGAAGAGAGCUUUCCUCUGCAUUGGAUAGCUUGAUGUGCAUUGAAAAUCGCUGAUAAAGAUUCAUCAAAGAUCAUGUCAUGUUGAUGGAUUUGUGUAUUUAUUGAUGUUUGCUGUGAAUGCGAUGUGAAUUAAUAUAUUGAAUUGCUAGGUAUUUUUCCUGGUACUGUUGUCUGUGUAAUUUGCAGUACUAUCUAUUGAACGUUCUUUAUUAAAUCAACUGAAGUCUUGUUUCUACUUUUCUGAUAUGUAACCUCUUAAAUAUACUGAAUAAAAAAUAUAAACGCAA